AUGAAUACUAACACUGACAUCAUUGACCAAUUGAUUGGACAUUUUCUGGGUCACUUGCACCCCCCAGUUCCACGCGUUCCACAGGGCCCAUUGCUUCACUGGAAGACUUUGGGUUCCCAUGGCUUUGGUGCUGUGGUCAUUGGACUGAAGGCCAAGGACCUCCAGUCUUCACGUCUUCGCCGGGCUUUGGUGGACUUGUGGCGAGGUCGGAAGGGGCUUCUGGUGCUCAAGGAUUUGCCUGGACUCACACCAGACGAGUUGCUGGAGUUCACCAGUUCUUUCGGAUCGGUGGAGGAAGCCUUAGCGGCUUCCCGCUCCAGGGCGCAGGUCACACAUCCGGGGCGCGCUGCGGUGCCAGGGGUGGUGAUGAGGCUGGGGAACAGCCGUGAUCCCACGACAAACGAGCUGAACGCCUCCUUCACCUUGAGCGCUCAGCUGCCGACCUUUUCGAGUGGGCCUGAGGCGUGCCGCUUUAACCCAUCCACCAAAACGCCAAUUUGGCACACAGAUGGGACGUACCGUUUGCGGCCACCCACCGGUUCCAUGUUGCGUGAACCCACUUUGCUAGGCAAUUUUGGAUGGAGUAGUAGUCAAGGGAGGCUGCCCACAUUGAUCCGCCAUGUGUGCCAGUUUGAUUCCGUCUCCAGACAGCCCAACUGGCAUACAGACGCAACCUUUCGCGAGCGGCCGCCCACCGGUUCGAUGUUGUAUGCGGUCCAAGUACCCCCCGUGGGUGGUGACACCUGCUUCGCGGAUGCUUCAAAAGCCUUUACCACCUUGCCGAAAGACACGCAAAGGAGGCUUGAAGGUUUGGAGGCGCUCUGUAGCCAGGCUCACCAUGAUGCACUUCACAAUGUGAAAAAACCAGGCACCUAUGUCUUGAUGAACGCUGAGCAGCGCGCAAAGAUGCCUUUGAUGGCGGUUCCAUUGGUUCUCACCCACCCUGAAACAAAGCGAAAGUCUCUCUAUGGCGCCAAUAGCAGCGUCUUUCUGAUCCAACCGCUCAACUCUCCUGCUCCGUUAACGGAACUUCUCAAUCGUGCGGAAGGUGCUGAGGCCUUUGAAGAUCCUUCAGUGGAUCGAGAACUUCGAUCCUUGCUUCCACACGCUACAGGACCUGACUUUGUGGUACGGUGGCACUGGAACGUUGGCGACUUGGUCAUUUGGGACAACCGAUGCACCAUGCAUUGUGCCACAGGAUUUGAUCACGAGACCUUCGUGAGAGAGAUGUGGCGCACCACAUUUCAUGACAUGUCCUGGCAGCCACCAGUGCGCAAAGUACCUCGAGAGUGAGAAAAAUCGAGGCGGCCACGCUUGCUUAGUGAUUUU